CUUCCUGCAUCUGGAUCCCGGGUUGAGCCUGGACUACACAAUCGCGUAGGGAGACUCCUAGGCUUGGUCCGCCAGAUGUUGUGCUAAAAUCCCCGCCAUCCUCAGCUAGCACGGGCUUGUCGGCGACGACUAUAAACGUUGGGAGUUGCAGCACAGCGUAACAAGGAUGGCUGUGGACGACGGAAGAUGUAGUUCUACCCCCAUUUAGAGAGUCCCAAGCUGGAGCGCGCUAACUAAUCUCUUUUGGGAAUAAUUCUGGAACCCGUGUAGUCCUGCCGGAAAUGGCUACGAGGCCCGGCCAUCUUUAUAAAGGGCAGAGGAGACCCAGCAACACGGAUAUUAUUUCUCUCUUUCGCGGAGUGAUAGCGGAAACGGAAACGAGCAGGCCGUCUGGCUUCCUGUUAUCUGACCCCUUACCUUGGUUUAGAAGAAGGGAAGUGGCGGACUUCGAGGGAGAGAUCAUGGAUGAAUUUUCUGAUCCUGAUUUGGCUGUUAUGGGUGAGGAAUCGAAAUCUGAGAAUGGAGAGAAUGCUCCUGUCUAUUGCAUCUGUCGCAAACCUGAUAUCAAUUGUUUCAUGAUAGGCUGUGAUCACUGCAAUGAAUGGUUCCAUGGCCACUGCAUUAACAUUACUGAGAAGAUGGCAAAAGCAAUCCGGGAAUGGUACUGCAUGCAGUGCCGAGAGAGAGACCCCACCCUUGAAAUCCGAUAUCGGCACAAAAAGUCCAAGGAGAAGGACCGUGAAGGUGAGCGGGAACGUGCUGAAAAAGAUGAGAUGCGUGUGAAAGCCCAAGAACUGGCACUGGAGCAGAGUCGCAACUCCAAACAGAUCAAGCGCUCAGCCCGCAUGUGUGGAGAAUGUGAGGCCUGCCGGCGUACGGAGGACUGUGGGCAGUGUGAUUUCUGCCGGGACAUGAAGAAGUUUGGGGGGCCUAACAAGAUCCGCCAGAAAUGCCGCCUGAGGCAGUGCCAGGUUCGGGCUCGGGAGUCCUAUAAAUAUUUUCCAGCUUCGAUGUUACGGGGGCGGGAGGAUGAUCUGCAGAUGCUAAAGGAACAGCUAGAAUCGGCUGCCACACCUGAGCCUCUGUCGGAUGAUGAUCUGCACAUAGACCCCGAUUUGUAUCAGGAGCUUUGUUCAGGGGCCUUCGAUGAUCAGAAUCUGCCAUGGCUCAGUGACACAGAUGACGUGCCCUUCCUUGACCCCGUGUUGCGGAAACGUGCAGUGAAAGUGAAGCAUGUCAAGCGCAGGGAGAAGAAAUCGGAGAAGAAGAAGGAGGAGAAAUAUAAGCGUCACAAGCAGAAGCAGAAACACCGUGAUAGGUCAAAACAUGCUGAACGGGUGGAUGCCAAAGAUCCUUCUUCAUUACACCAAUGUCUUGGCCCCGGCUGUAUCCAGGCUGCCCGGGCUAACUCCAAGUACUGCUCUGAUGAAUGUGGAAUGAAGCUGGCGGCCAACCGCAUCUAUGAGAUCCUCCCGCAACGCAUACAGCAGUGGCAGCAAAGUCCAUGUGUGGCAGAAGAGCAUGGCAAGAAACUGCUGGAGCGGAUAAGGCGGGAACAGCAGCAGGCCCGGCUUAAGCUGCAAGAAAUGGAGCGCAAAUUCCAUGAACUGGAAGCUCUUAUUGUCCGGGCCAAGCAGCAGGCAAUCAAGGAAGAUGAAGAGACCAGUGAAGGAGACAGUGAUGACACAGAUUUGCAGAUAUUCUGUGUCUCCUGUGGUCAUCCCAUCAACCCCAAAGUUGCCCUUCGCCACAUGGAAAGAUGUUAUGCCAAGUAUGAGAGCCAGACGUCCUUUGGGUCUAUGUAUCCAACACGUAUUGAAGGAGCUACUCGUCUUUUCUGUGAUGUCUACAACCCACAAAGCAAGACAUACUGCAAACGCUUGCAAGUCCUGUGCCCAGAGCAUUCCCGUGACCCAAAAGUUUCAGCAGAUGAGGUGUGUGGCUGCCCCAUGGUAAAAGAUGUGUUUGAGCUCACUGGGGAAUUCUGCCGGGUGCCCAAACGGAAAUGCAAUCGACAUUACUGCUGGGAGAAAUUGCGCCGGGCUGAGGUGGACUUGGAGCGAGUGCGCGUGUGGUACAAGCUGGAUGAGCUGUUUGAGCAGGAGCGAAAUGUACGGAUGGCUAUGACUAACCGGGCUGGGCUGCUUGCCCUCAUGCUGCAUCAGACAAUCCAGCAUGAUCCACUGACCACAGAUUUGCGCACAACCACUGAUCGUUGAGCUGGUGAUUUCUUGAUUGCUGAUGAGGCCUUCAUGAUUCAGUGCCAACUGAAGCAGAAUCUCUAAAUUAUUUUUCUUAAGCUUUUUUUUCAUUAAAACUGUCUGGUAUUAGCCCAGUCUCCCCAUCACUCCAGUAGAAUCUAGUUUCUCUUGACCCUAAUCUCUGUGUCAGUACUAUAGCCUUGCUGUGAAUAGUCCUUUUUUAUUAUUUUUUACAUUAUUGCAGUUCUAAGGUGGAAGCCUGACAGUAGGGUCUUGGGGAAAGGAAUGUAGUGAUGGGUCUUCCUUUUUUUCUCUCCCUGCCCUUCCCCACCUUGAAAAAAAAGCUUUGGCUCCCACUGGCAUGAGAUGAUCCCUGCCUUUGAAGCAGGAUUUGCAGCAAAGACCUUUAUAGACAAUGGGUUCCCAUUGCCCUUCUGUGUAGCUUCUGUUGGGAACCUGGAAAGUAGCAGUUUAAGCUGUUAAAUCAGGGCAAAGGAGGUAGCCAUGCACAGAUGUAUUAACCUACUGUGUGUGCUACUGCCUGGAAGUGAAAAAGAAACUAAUAAAAUACCCAGAAAUA